CAGGGGGCGGGCGUACCGGCUUACGGACGCCCCCAGGCCCGCUGCCGCUGUGUCGCGUCCUCUCGCCUGGAAAAGUGUUUAAGCUUUUAAAAUGUCAUCUAUCAAGCACUUAGUUUAUGCUGUUAUUCGUUUCUUACGGGAACAAAGUCAGAUGGAUGCUUAUACUUCAGAUGAACAAGAAAGUUUGGAAGUUGCAAUUCAGUGCUUGGAGACAGUUUUUAAAAUCAGCCCAGAAGAUACCCAUCUAGCAGUUUCACAGCCUUUGACAGAAAUGUUCACCAACUCCUUCUGUAAGAAUGACGUUUUGCCUCUCUCAAACUCAGUGCCUGAAGAUGUGGGAAAAGCUGACCAAUUAAAAGAUGAAGGCAAUAACCACAUGAAAGAGGAAAAUUAUGCUGCCGCCGUGGAUUGUUACACACAGGCAAUAGAUCUGGAUCCAAAUAAUGCGGUUUAUUAUUGCAACAGGGCUGCUGCUCAGAGUAAAUUAGGUCACUACACGGAUGCAAUAAAGGACUGUGAGAAAGCAAUAGCAAUUGAUUCAAAAUACAGCAAGGCCUAUGGGAGAAUGGGAUUGGCCCUCACUGCCAUAAAUAAAUUUGAAGAAGCAGUUACAAGUUAUCAAAAGGCAUUAGAUCUUGACCCUGAGAAUGAUUCUUAUAAGUCAAAUCUGAAAAUAGCAGAACAGAAGUUAAGAGAGGUAUCUAGUCCUACAGGAACUGGAUUGAGCUUUGACAUGGCUAGCUUAAUAAAUAAUCCAGCCUUCAUUAGUAUGGCAGCAAGUUUAAUGCAGAAUCCUCAAGUCCAGCAGCUAAUGUCAGGAAUGAUGACAAAUGCUAUUGGGGGACCUGCUGCUGGAGUUGGGGGACUAACUGACCUGUCUAGCCUCAUCCAAGCGGGACAGCAGUUUGCUCAGCAGAUACAGCAACAGAAUCCUGAACUCAUAGAGCAACUUAGAAAUCAUAUCCGGAGCAGAUCAUUCAGCAGCAGUACUGAAGAACAUUCGUGACUUGACCAGGGACCCUGGCCCAGAGCACAAAUGAUUAUGACUCUUAAGUGUUUGCUAUAGAUAGUGGCCAAAACAAAGACACCUAAAGAAUCAAUAUGUCUAGAUGAUAGGUUUGUCAUAAAUAGACUGAACAUAACAUGACUCCUUUGUAAACAAAUGAGCAGUAGCCCUGUGGAGUGCCAGUAUAGUACUGGACAGGGUUCCAUUUUCAAAUCUUCAUCAUCAUAUUUGUAUAUUAGACCUAAUAGCAGAGUAUAUUUAUUGAACAGUAGGGCUGUUUAUUGGUGAGCUUUCCAGCUCCAGAUUCCCAUAAGCAAACCCUUUUGAGUUUGAUGGAGAUGACCAAGAGGAAAGGUUUCUCAUGCUGGUUUAUAAAUAUCCUGGCCACUGAAUAGCAUGUCUGGAGAAAAGAAAUUUGUUGUCUAGGCUUCAUUUUGAUAGUGCGGUCAGUACUAAAUAUAGAUCACAGGGGCCAGUACUAUCUUUAAUGCUGCUUGUUCUGAAGGGCAACACGGAAUACUAAGAGCUGGUGGAAAGCAGCAUUUGGUGCAAGGGUUGUUUUGAAAAGAAAAAUAGAUGCUGUGAAUGUACAGAGAGUGAAGGUAGGAUGUUCAGGUUUUCUGCAUAGUUCUUAACUAAUCUUGCCUGCAGUUUGGUCUUGAUAACAUUAGCAUGGCCAAUUACUCUAAGUACAUAAUAAAAUACAUUUAGAAAUCCUUAAUGGUACUGUUUAGGUCCUUUGUAUAACUGUUCAAUUUAACUUGCACAAUUUCCCCAGUGGUGACUUUACCAUGGAAACUCUCAAAUAUAUUUACAUUUAAAUAAGCCAGUGGUUUGACCCUCAAGGAUUUUCUAAGUGGCAUUUAAUUAUGUGCAUAUAAAUACUGAUUUUUAAAAAACUCAUUAAUUAUUUGAUGGAUUAUAAAAACUUCUAUCACUAACAUUGCUUGUUCAUGUAAACCUUUGCUGUAAUUUGGCUUGGCAUGUUGCUUUUAUGCUUAAUCUUAAUUUGAUGCAAUGUAAACAUUAAUAGGGGACUUAAAUAUUUCACUGAAAUCAGAAUUCAUAGUAGUUAAGAAAUGUGGCAUUAAGUAUUAAUGGCAUGGCUUUAACUACAGCGAUGGUAAGACCAUUCUAACUGGAAUUUCUUUUGUUAAUUAUGGAAUUGGUAAAAUUGGGUGAACACAUAACAAUUUCACAAGUGUGAGAGAUAACUGAAAAAGUAAUAUAAAAUUAAGUCAGUAAUACUCAUGAUGAUGAGGGCCUUACUAUAACUAUUCUCCUCAGAAGACCUGGUAUCUAGAAGUUUAAAUACCAACUUUUCCUUUCUUUCCCCUUGUGAGUUUAGAAUAAUGGUUCUGUAAUUUCACUGUAAGAAUUCAUUAAAAACAAAGUUUCAGAGCCAUACUUUCAAUUUUUAUUUAAUAGGUCCUGUAGUAAGGCCUAGGAAUCACCAUUUUAAAUAGCAUACCAGGUGGUUGUGAUGUACGUCCAAGGACUCUAAUUUAGAGCAAAAGUAGGGUAGAGGUAUCACCUCAGACCAGCAAAUAUCUGAAUGCCUGCGUUCAGGUUACAAAGAUGACCCAUAUAAAUCCAUAGUUCUGCCCAGAGAAGAGCAGUACUUAAAAUUUUAGAUCCUCUGAAUUAAAUCUCCUGAAUUCCAUCUAACCAACUUAAUUUUUCAUAAAUUCAGGUCCUAGUGUUCAAGUGUUAAACAGAAUGAAGUACUAACUCUUCACAUGAAAGUUAGGACUGUUCUGGGGAAAAAAAAGGUGAAAGGGCGAAAGGUGAUCCACAAUUAAAAAUUAGCUACUCCUGGGGCACCUGGCUGGCUCAGUAGGUAGAGCAUGUGACUCUUGAGUUCAGGCUCUACGCUGGGCAUACAGCUUGCUUAGCAACAACAACAAAAAUUAGCUACUCUUAUCCAGUAGUAAGAGAAAGUUUCUAGCAAAACUAUCUUGAGUGUGUUAAAAUGCUCUUAGACCAAUAAAAUUGGUAAGCCUAUAGAUGACUGACUAGGAAAAUAGAGAAAAUACAAAUCAACAGUACCAGAAGUAAAAGAGGGGAUAUC